CUCUAUCUGCAUGGCCGCGGUAUCGGUGGGUCGGGCUCUGGCGGGCCGGGCCCGUUCGGGUCCCCCGGUUCGGGGUUGCGGGGACGGGGCGGGUUGGGGCCAACGGGAACGGUCCUACUGGCGAGCGCUGCGGCGGCGGGUGCUGGGCCCCCCCAUCCCGCCUUUCGCCGUCCCCUGCCAGGCGGGAGCCCCGGUCCUGCGGGCCGCUGCCGCCGCCGUGGGUCCGGAGCGCUGGGGCGGCCCCGAGGUGCGGGGUUUGGCGGCGGCGCUGACCGCCGGGCUGCGGCGGUGGCCGUGCCUGGGGCUGAGCGCCCCGCAGCUGGGGGUCCCGCUCAGGGUCUUCGCCGCCGAGCUGACCCCCGAGCGCUGCAGCCGGUACCCGCCCGAGUUCCGCCGAGCGCACCGGAUCGAGCCCUUCCCGCUCCGGGUCAUCGUUAACCCCGUCAUCCGCGUCCUGGACUCACGGGUGGUUGUCGGGCCCGAGGGCUGCGCCAGCCUCCGCGGAUUCUCCGCCUACGUCCCGCGGCACUGGGCCGUUCACGUCUCCGGUGUGGAUGAGCAGGGUGAGGCAGUGAGCUGGGAGGCAGUGGGCUGGGCCGCCCGCAUCGCCCAGCACGAGGUGGAUCACCUGGAUGGGAUCCUCUACGUGGACCGCAUGGACACCCGAACCUUCACCAACAUCUCCUGGAUGGAGCUCCUGGACUGACACCCGGGCAGGGGGCUCCGGGCAGGGGGUCCCACAGGGGUUUUACCACAGCCAAUACAGAGUAUGAGGACUCAA